CCUCUUCGUAUUUUAAGCAUAUAAUGGGAGAUGAUAAAGAGGCAGAAGAGGCCAUCAAGGCUUUUCAAUUAGUCGAAUUCGAUCCACCUAAUAGAAAACAAAAACGAGGCACGAUAGAAUGCGUACCAUCGACUUGGAUUUCCUAUAACCCAUCGACUGGCAGAUGCCAAUGCAAAUUCAUGCCACCUCCGUAUUCAGUAGAGGACUCUGAACUUUUGUGUUGGCUCGUCAAAGAACAAAGCCCUCUACAAGAAUCUUGGCCUGUCUACCCAAUAACACUCAAGGGACAUGCGACAACUUAUGAUGAUGCAAUGAAACGUCUCAAAGUAUUAGCAGACAAGAAAUUUGUAUACACAGAGGAUGGAACGUUACCAGAAAAAAAAUCAGAGGCAGCUAAAAAAGCAUAUCAGAGAAUCAAAGUCAAAGGCGAUAAAGCAAUUGCUGAAAAGUUGAUGCAAGUGCAACCCAUUAACACCUCCAGGAAUGACGAUUAUGCAUCAAAUGUAGACUCAUCCUUUGAAACAUCUGACCCAAUUCCUUGUAUUAACAGCAUCAAGGCCAAGAAAAAAAAUACAAAACUUAAAAAUAUGACAGAAACUGACAAUGAGUCAACAGCUGAUGAAAACAGCAAUGUGAUCAAACCCAGAAAAAAACCGAAGCAAAAAUCAAAACAAGAACAUGCUUCCUCUACCGGCAAAAACCACGUUCAAGAAAUUGAACGAAAACUGAGCAAAAGAUCAUCACGUGAAGUGUCAAAAUCCACAAAAAAUGUGCCUAAAGAAAAUAGCUCUGAACUGAAUCAGAGAGAUUGUGAUAUCCUUAGCGGACUGAGAUACGAUGUUCAAAUGCUAACCAAAGCCAUCGACAAACUCAAGGCCAUCGUUGAAAAAUCGGCCUUAGCGAUGGAUGCUCAUGGGGCAAAUGUCCAAAGUUUUACGACACAAUAUGAUCUGAACCUGCCUGUAACGACUUUGAAGGACUUUGACGCAUUCGACGAGAAAUUAAAAGCUGACAAAAAAUUUCGUAAAGAAUUCAUGUGCUUUUGUUGAAAUACAAAGAGGGAGCGCAGGGAUCAAUGACACAUGUAACUGAAAAGAGUGUUUAUCGAGAACUCGGUAACUGCCUGAGUAAUGCCGUCGAUUGGGAUGGGCAUCGUAAAUCUCGACUAAAGAAAAAAGCUGCAAAGAGUACUACAAUCGCUGCAGUCCAAUCAGUUUGUGUCAAUGUACAUUGCAGCGGCACCAGCAUGGAAUCGUUGUCUCGUAAAUCCACAGACAAAUCUUCUUAGUAACGUAUUCGAAAACUUCCCAAAAUAGUUGUGUACUUUUGUGCUUACUGAUUAAAAAAAAAGUAUUAAAAAAAAAGUCAUUAUUUACGUACUUUUCUACUCACUGAUGGGUUUGAAAAAUAAAAAAAAUAUGUGUUACUUACGUAUUUUCUAUUUAGUGAUGUAUUAAAAAAAAAAGAAAUUCACUACUAACAUAUUUUUCACUUACAUGUUUAAAAAAAAAAAUCCUACGUACUUUACUGCUGACUGAUAUGAUGUAUUGAAGAAAAUAAUAAUAUAAUAAUAUAAAUGAAUAGAACUUUCAUACGUUGCGAAAUAUUCAUUCUAGAAUUUAUCCUUUAUCCUUUUUUCCGAUAAUUAUAUGAAUAGCUA